AUGGAUGCCUACCUCACACCAUACAUAAAGAAAGAAGAAGUGAGGAGGAAGCACAUCCGUCUGCACAUGGAAGGAGCGCUGACCGCCCGGGACAAGGUCGGGGUGCAGGAUUUCGUGCUGUUGGACGCCUACACCAGCGAAUCUGCCUUUCUGGACAACCUGCGCAAGCGUUUCAGCGAGAACCUCAUCUAUACGUACAUUGGGACCCUCCUUGUGUCUGUGAAUCCAUACCAGGAACUGGACAUCUACACCAUGAGCCAGAUGGAACUUUAUCAAGGGGUCAAUUUCUUUGAACUGCCGCCACAUGU